UUUUUUCCUUUUUCUUUCUUUUCUUUUUUUUUCUCAUGUAGGCUAAUAUACAGGCCGGCGCUGCAAUUUCGGAAUCUGCCCUUGUAUAUGGCGGACGAAAUUUCCACAGGAGGAACCGCAACACAAACCCCGUAUGCACGGCACAAACGGAAAGCCUGCACGGAGACAGAAAAGCUCGGCAAAUUCAUUAAUCAUCACGCCAUUACUCUAUCUAAAAUGUAACGUAGCGUGUCUCGGAGGCGAAAUAACCCACUGUGGUGGAAAUUUUUUCAACAUUUGGAAUUUCUCAUAACUAAUUCACAAUUUUUUUUUUGAGGAAGCAGUUGUGCAGUCACCUCUGCGCGAGGAGGGAAGAUUUUCUGGAGCGCGAGCCCGUUUCGCAUGAGCUGCAUCGUUUUUGGAGGUAUGUCACACCGAUGUGUUUUCUUUUUUCUCAUUUAGAAAUCCUAAAUUUGUGAAAUUUCAGCAGUCCAGUGUUAAGUUUCGGUCUCCGUUCACUUAAAAGGCGAUAAGCUGGCAGUGUUUUUCACUCCUGCCUGACACUCAACCAGGUGCAGGCUUUGAAGCCAUCCGAAAUGGACCUAAUCUGUUGAUGUUUUUUGGCUGAAUUUUCCCUAAUGAAGUUUUCCGUGUAACUGCUGACUAGUCGCCCGUCUGUGCACCUAGUUUGUUCACAUUUACACCACCCAGGCUGAACGCUGGAUACGCCGAUAGGGCAAAAGGGGGGACCAGGCGGUAGUGGCAACAUGAAGGACGAUGAGGGGAGGAACAAUCUGAAACACAAAAACCUCCUGCAGCCAUGUUUUGUGAAUUUUCCAGCAAAUUUGAGCAGAGCUUCGGAGUUGCCUCCUCUCAAACUCACACAGCAGUAACGCGACUUUUUGCUUGAAUGUGACGGCUCGGUUUGCAGUGAAGGCAGCGAUCAGGAAACGUGAAAGUGCAGUGUCGAAAUAUAUCUUGAAUUUAUUUAUUUUUUAGGAAGAUAGAGGAUUUAAAAUCAGGGUACCCUUGGCGCCACCUGUAGGCAGACAUUUUUUGGAAAUUAAAAAAAAUUGUAAUGAGAAUUGUUUCGAGACUUAUUUUUCAGAACAUUAUGUUUGCAUAUGCAGAUGGAGACGCGUUGUGUUACCUCUUUAGUAUAUUGAUUUUAUCGGUGCAUGGUUGAUUUUGAGACAGAUGAAUGGCAUAUGCUUUGUUUUUUGUGAUUUUGAAUGCCAAGAUGGUUGUUUCCUCCUUUUGAUUUUGUUCAUGACUAAUGUUUCCAACUUUAACUACUCUGAAACUGCUGAUUAUUUGGGAAUCUUUUCAUGCACCUUAGAGAUAAAGAGAAAAUAAAAAAGCAUCCAUGCUCAAUCUUUUCACUCUGACAUACACAUUUGCAUUUAUUCCAUGAGUGCCCUGCCCCUUAUGUGUGCAUGUGAAUUUAUGUGUUAAGAUGACUACAUGGAGAUAUAAUUUUGCUGUAAACACUGUACAAAUUGGAUUUUUAACUUCUAGAGACUGGAAAAUGUGUAAGCGGAAAAUAACUAUCAAGGGUGAAGUGAACAGCUCUGGAAGAAGAAAGGACCAUGUCAGCAUAAUUUGAGGGCAGGAAAAACAAUCACAACCAGCGUCUCAUCUGUUUAUAUUAAUCCUGCAGACGCCAAACAGUUUCCCAUCUUGCUCUGCUUGCUUUUAUUUAAUGUAAGGGAAAACUGCGAAGGCCAUCUUUUUUUGUUUUAAUGCUGUGGGUAAUUUUAAUGCUGACCUUCAAAUCUGUUUAAAUUCAAAGAGCCAGUGGAAAUUGUGUGGUUGGUAUGCAAAAUCUGGGUGUAAAUUCUGACCUUUGCUGGGAAAGUCUCAUCAAAAUGCAGGAGUUUGAGUUAAAGCACAGGGAUGAAGAAAGGCAACCAGUGUCAUGGGUUUAAUAGGGUUCUGCCAGUGAUGGGGAUGUUUAUAUGCAGAAUACCUGAAGGACCGAGUAAUAACUUAUAAAUCUCUCAGGAAUUAUGCAGCAGUGUUGAAAUGAAAAACACCUUAAAUCCUGAUCAGUUAAUGGGGACUUUGUUGAGGGUUCUUCUCAUUUUAAGUAAGGUAACAGGAAUGCAGCUCUGCCUGUACUUUAAUGAACAAAAGCUUUGUUUCAUGCAGGAAUUUUGGAGCAAAUAGUUUGGAUAGAGGGGUGAAACUUGUCCCUUCAGGCUCCGAUAAACACAAGAUGUUAAGGGAUCAUAUCCCUGUCUGUGGGCUUCAGGAUUAAAACAAUGUUCUGUUGCUGCUCUGAUUGUCAUUAACUUAGCAGAGAGGUUUUGUUUCCAUUUUAAAGGCUAAGUGAUGUUACACAAACAGUUUCAGUCUUUGAUGUUAUCCCACUUCCCUUUUCCUUAAUGCACAAUUACAGAUUCAUGAUUUGGUCUCAGAUGUGUCUGGAGAAAACAUACAUCCCUUUUAGACAUGGCGCACAUCUUAUCUUCUGCUACUUUCUUAGUGGCGUGUUCAAACUGUCUGAAAAUGGCUUCACUUAAAUUAGUCUCCAGGGAACGGCUUUUCAGAGGUUGGGGCUGCUGCAUUAAAGAAAAAAAAAUCUGUGCAUUCUGCACAUAUUUUUCCUGCCUCUUCCUUUUUAAAAAUGAACCUUAUUGGUUCCAUGAAUAAUGCAUGAGGACGUUCAAUUGCUGCAGCAAUGAAAAUUAGGGCUGUUUACGUGCAGUGGUUAUGUACACAGAGGCUUCUUUUUUUACCUUGACCAUUUUCUGAAAGGUAGAGCAGAGCCUGAGUAGCUUUUCUGAAAACACAAAUUUUCAGCAAAGCAAAUCUCAUUUCUCUGAGUGAAAGGGGAGGGGGUGAAACUCCCUUGGGUUUAAUGAAUCCAUAAAUCACAAUAGUGCCAGGUUUGCUGCGCCUGCGUCAGUGUGCAGUGCAAUUUUGAUUUUCAUCAAAAAUUUAAUCUGCCAGCCUACAAGGGUUUAGCAGCAGACCGGAUGCCGCCCUGAAUUUCUAAUUUUAGGGGCCUGAUCUUUCAGGAUUUAUUUUUGUAUAAUUCAAGUCUGCUUUUCAAUAUCUCUUGUUAUUAAAUUUUAAUUCGUGGCAUUAACAUAUAGAUUGAAAAGGUUUUUAUGGGGGUUUUGAGUGUAUGCUGAUGGAAUUUUACUAGACGACACAGUUUCUUUUUCCAGAGCAUCCCGGAUGUGUGUAUGUGUGUGUAUAUGUGUGUGUGAGAGGUGAGGUGGGGUGGGGUGGUGGGGGGGAUUUAUCCAUUUCUCUGCAUUAUUGCUUUUUGAAAUCAUUGGUCGUACACCAUCUUGGAAGACAUUUAUUACAGAGGACGAGAAAAUGUGCAUUUGAUUAAAGAAACAGGGAAAGCAAAGCAUUUAGUGUGAAACAGGUUUUGCAGGACCCUUGCUCUCAGUCACUGACUCUGCUCUGAGUUAUACAAACAUGCAGUGAAAGCAGUGAUUGAAGUGACCCCCUCCAUCCCCCAUUUUAGCUCAUUCCUAUUUUUAAUCCCUCCAGAGUGGAAACAUUUCCAUGAGCCUUAAACAAAUUUGUAUUUUAUAUUUGGAAUCUCUAUUCCAGCCCUCUUAGCAUGCAGAGCACAGUGACUUUUUGGCAGUGCAAGGUACAAUUCAAAGUCACAAAAUCUCUCUAACUUGGAAGAAAAGAUUUUUUGUUUUUUCUUUGCUCUAACCAAGCACAGUGAUUGAUUUACUUCAUUAUUGUGCGGAGGCAGAUACAGCACUGCCCAAAUAUAGGCCAAUUAUUUUAAGUACCUCGACUAAGCGCUGAAUUGUGAGCUGAGGUACGUCCUGGAGAUGUUUCCUUGUGCGCCUAACCUCCUUAUUCUCUAACCCCUUGUAAAUUUAGUGCAGGGAUUUAAUACAUUGUCGUAAAUAUGCAUGCAUUGACAUUUAAAACACAGCAGGGCCAGAUCACAAAGAGAAAGCUAGUUUAGUAAAUUGACAAAACACGGGGCCUCUUAAAUAAUCUUACUUAUCAUUAUAGUUUUAAAUCUUUAAUAUGGAAAUGGACUUGCUUUAACUUAAUAUCCUGGUUCUCUUGCAUGUUUAUCUCUUUAUGUUUAUUUUAGGUUGUGCUUUUAUUUUCAGGAACAUCAAGCGAGUGUACAUCUGUUUUAGAUUUUCUUCAUGCAUGGGGGCUGUAGGUUAGAGUCUAUCAGAAGGCGCAGACUUAAAAAGAACGGAAGGCCAGAUGGCUAAUUUUGCAUUUUGACUUUAAUUAGAGGAAAACAGGCCACAACAGGCAUUUCAUAUAUACAGGGCAUGCAUUUAAAACAUUACACAGGAAAUAUUACACUAUCAAUAAGGGAUUGAUCUAAUUUUGAUCUUUCCCUGCCAUUAUUUUAUCUGAUUAGAGAUGAUAAAAGUCACUUAAUGUUGGCAUUAUUUUAGUCAGAUAAUUUGAUGUGAAAAAACACAGGCAUAAAAAUAGGUGACAUAUCUGCCUGUUUCAUCUCAGCCAAUCGAUCUUCUUACAGCUGCUAGAAGCAGCUUAUGAACUUCUCUAACCUCACACAAACUCGAAUGUGUUCAUGCCAGGCUUCAGUUUAUGGACUGGCUCAUGUCACCCACAAAUUGAGAAACUUUGUAAGUAUAUAAAUAGCAGUUGGUGCUAACAGAAAACUUCCUGCACUUCUUUCACAAUGAGUGCAAAAGUUUUUGAGGAGAUGUCAAAAACAAACAUUGGGAAAUUCCUCUUGAUUCUUUCUCUAACUACCACUCUGCUGCAAGACAACAGUUUGGACUAGACGAAAUGCUGUCAUGGAUACCUGAAGUAUAGAUGUACACACACACACAUUGAGCCCCUUUUAUAAUACAAUGACUUCAGCAGCUGAACUGUUCCAAGUCAUUACUCUGAUUGCAGAUAUCUAAAACUGCAUGUUACCUGUCAUUGUUCCAAAGACAAAUAUUAUGAUGACAUUUUUAUGAGUCACUGUAGUUUUAAUAUUGGAGAUAAUUUUUCAUUUUGCAUAACUAUCCAAAGUUAGAAAUCUGACUGUUAUCAUGUGUUUUAUAGAUGUCAGAAAUGAAAGUUUUCCCUUGGAAGAGUUUUAUCUACGUUGAAACUGGAUGUAGAUACGCACACACACACACGGCAAAAGUACCGUAAUUUGACCUGAGUGGAAUGUUAUUGUGGAUAUCUAACAUGUUUGUUUUGGCUUGGAGGAAUUGAAUCACAGAUUUCUGUAAUAAAUAUCCUCUCUCACAGAUAUUUAGAAACAGGUUUCCAUAUGAUACAGCAUUUUGGAUAGAGGAACUACAUUUAUGCACAAUACUUACAAGAAGCUAAUGUUAAAUCUUUGGGUAAAGGUGAGUUCAUUAUCCAAAAUGAUCUUUUUACGAGACAAAAUAUAUUGUAUAAUACUCAAAAUGACAGAAUAGACAUAUAUGGAAUCAUUUAUUUUUAAAUUUGGUUAUUGAAAAUUGAAAUAGUAAGUGAUGAAUGGAAAGAGUAUGGUCUGGAGUCCAGCUCUAUUGGCCCACAGUUCUGUAACACAACACGGUUCAUGUAUCAGUCCACUACUCUAAAGUUCUAACCGCUCCAUCACAUGAAAGUCUGUUCAAAGGUUGUUGGUCAACCUCUUCAGAGACUCCGUGAAUCAGGCUACAACAAAAACAUGCUAAGGCUGGUUAACAACAUGGUCACUAACCCUAACCACGCUCGCAACAGUGAACUUAUACCAUCAAAUUGUUUUAAUAAGGUCAGACUGAAGCUCUCUUUUGUACGCCAGUCCAUUACCAAGGUGAAUAUGGAGCCGAAUCUGAGAUCAAAAGUACUUUGCAUAUGCUGUCUGGUGUUCGUCACAUGUUCAUUCAUGUAUCUUGUCUUGUUUUACAUGGAGCUGUCGUGAUGCAAGUCAAAUUUCAGACUCCGGCAGUAAAGUCAUGCUGGUUGUUGGUUGGAAAAAUGUCGUUGUUCAUAUCAGAUAUGCUCAUUUUCCUACCUGGAAGAAUUCAAAUGUAGAUACCGCUUACAAAAAAGGGGGACAAAGUGUUGAUAUGGUAAUACAUAGAUGUCCCAAUGGUAUGGUAUGGAACUAUAAAUGACCCAUUUUAUGUUUAUUGAUCUGCCACUUACAGAUCUGAAGUUAAAUUUUCUUUAGUUUAAUUUAGUUUUUGAUUUCUUGCACACAAAGUUCUACUUGUAAGAAUGUAGUUUGGUAAAUUCAAGCUUGGGAAAGUCUCACUGUUAUGCAAAAGUAGCAGCUCUGCAGUAAAGAUGUUCUGUGACUGAUAUCACACAAACAUAACAGUCCUAUACUAAUCAGCAGUAUUUAGGCAGCAUGCUAUGGAUGUAGUCAGUUAAGUUAGUUUAAUGCACUUUUUAAAGAGUCUAUCGUGGUGAAGGCUCUCCAUAAAGGUCUAAAGGUAAAACUGAAUGACUUUGAGAUCAAAAAUGAAACAGGAAAGAAAUAAAAAGAGGGUUCAGCAAAACAAAAUCUGUUUCUGAUGAAGAAAAAAAAAUCUCUGAUCUUUGCUUUGGGGUAGAAUAAUGUAUAAUUUUACCUCUUUUUGCUUCAAACAGUUAUUUAAAUGAAACCAUGUGGGAGGUUUAGAGGGGAAGCGUCCCUUAACGUGGCCCAGGCUCUUUCAACCACACUAUGUUUUUUUGUAGGGAGACCAUUUUAUCUUGAACAUGGCAUUAUAGACCCAUCAUAUUACUUCUUAAUAUACACUGAAUCUAAGGAAUAACUAGUUAUUAUUGAAUGGAAGAUAUCAUGAGGCUCAUUUAAUAUUCUUAUAUAAAGGGUUUGUGUCAAAAAUGUUGAAGAAUUAGAUCAAAAUGCUUCUUGGCAAUCCACUAAAUAGUCCCAGAACACCUUUAGUUGCACCUUAACUCAAACAAGCUCUCUUUAAACUGGUUUCAUUAACAUGAAGUGAAUAAAAGAGUCUUGGCUUAGCCUCUUGUGUUAAUAAUUUAUAAACUAAUGAUAAAUGCAUCAAAGUGAAGAGUCACCAUCUUCAUGCUGUCUCCAUUUAUUUUGGCUGCCAUUUAAGCUGACAGAAGGCCUUUACCCCAUCAUUCAUGGAAGAACAAUGAUGACAUGCCGCUUUUGGUGUGCAUGGGGGAUUACACUUGUCAGACUUGGAGGUUUUUUUGUUUUUUUUAGCUGGAGUAAAUUCUGCCAUAAAAGUGCCAAAUGCUGCUGUUGUCAGCUUUGAAACUGCUCUCUUUAGGCUACAUUUUGGAAAAAUAUGGAGACUCAGUAACCUCGCUUUAUUGUAAUUUUUGACACAGCAUUGUCAGCAAUAUGAAGGAUAUAAAAAACAAGGUGCUCAAACUGGUUAAAGUCCAUGUACUGGGGUGAAGUGGUUCACUUCUUCCCCUGAAGAUCAUAAAAGAGGCUGUGUAGGAAAAAUUUCAAUCUCCUUGAUCAGCAAAGCUUAACCACUAAUGUGCAAAUAUUGUACGUCUUUCCAGAAUCCUGAAAAUCUGAUCCCUGUCUCUUACAGGUGCUCUUAAUUUUGUGUGAAUCAGUAUUAUUUUCCCCAGUGGUUUUAACCCUGCAUGGUGCUGCUGUGAGUCUUUUAUGGAGCUCAUCAAAUUCAUUGUAUUUAACAAAAACUGAAUGAUACCGAGCGUGUUUGGAGUCACGCUGUGAUAGUGGACCAGCAGAGCUUAAUUUUUUGUGUGUUUUAUUGUACCCGUUUAAAGGAAAUUAAUUAGAAAGGAGGAGAGAACAUGCACUUAGUUACUGCUUCUGAUUUCAGUUUGAAACAUUUAUCUUGGCUCACAGUGGAUAUAACUUAUUUAAAGCUGUUUUGAACUGCAAUAUAGUCGGUUUUAAAAAUGCCAACUGUUACAGACGGUUCAGCAGGAAAAUGGAAAGCUGACCACUUAGAUCAUGAUGAUGUCACUGGGAUGUAAAAUUUGGCACUGCCGUGUAGACAGCAAAUGGGCCACUAACUUUGCUGACCCAAAAUAUUUCUGCACAACUGCAGAUGUAAAGCCGUUUCAGUCCCUUCCCUCAGACUGCAGUUUAAAUUGGGUUUAAGAAUCUCUUUGUACAGCAUCAACUCGACUCUGUGACAAACACAAGCUUGACAACUUCAAGAUUUUCUCAGAUUUCUCACUGUAGAUGAAAACAAUGCUGCAUCCAUAUAUCCAGCCCAAAAUCUGUAAGCAGAGGAGUGAAACAGUAAUACUGUGGGCACAUAGUAUAUUCCUACCUCGGCCCGGGGGCCCGCAUGGAAAUAAAUGUGCUGCAAUAAAAUACCUCUGAUUUAAAGACAAGGUAGAGCAGCAAAUUCACACCAUUUAGAACAUGGAUCUACCAAAUGUGGCAUUUUAAUUUGAGCAAAAGCCACAACCAUUAAGCAAUAAUCAAAGUACAUCAUUAUUUUUUUGUUAGCUGACUUGGAUUUAUUGACUAAUCUCUACAUAUCAAUCUUCAAGUUUCACUUUAUAAUAGUUAAAUAAUUAAAUAACUAAUGCUAAUCAUUCAGAAUUUAAUUUGUAUAUCAGGUCUGUUCACUCAGUGUAUCAGGAGCCUAAUACCACAUUUGCCUCUUCAUCCAAUCCUCUUAAAGUCAUACCGGUGGUGACUCAGAAAAGGAAAAUAGUUCAACUUUACAAAGUUUUAUAAGUGUUGGCAAUCGUCACCAAAACCAGCUCUGUUGUGCAACCUAAUCUGCUAACAGAGAAAAAUGUGGUGCUUUUGAUGUACUUCCCAAAACACAUCUGAAUGAGGAGGCUUUGGACUUGGAAAAGCUUGGUGUUUUAAUUAUAAGUGGCCAAAGUUUAAAUAUGCAAAAGUGAACUUUCUCGAACUACUUAUUUGUGACAAGCUGCUGUUAAAAGCUUAAUUAGAUCAGCUGUUUAGCUUCUUGGGUUAAAUGUAAAAGUAGGGACUUUUUCCUCUAACAAUAACAACAUUCUUCUAAAAUCUCAGUUGAAACAUAAAAAAAAGCUUUAUAGAUAACCAAAUAACAGGUGAAUUACUCCGCGAUUUUGACCUUUCAGACAAUGCGGAGAGAAAGUCAUAGGUGUGAACAGCAACUUUUCACCUUUUUACCACCUUUUAUAGCUUUAUUGAAAUUAAAUUAAAAAAAAAACACCUUUUUACCCCAUUACGGAAAUUCAAUAAAAAAACAACAACACAUUUUUACGUCUUUUAUGGAAAUUGAAUAAUAAUUAAAAAGUAAAAAAAAAAAAAACUCCAGCAAAAUGUUGAACCUGUAAAAUUCCUCUAAAAGUAUGUGCUCGUGUCAGCAAUAUGUUUCUGAAAAGUUAUCACAGGGACAACAAAAUUCUAUAAACAGACAUGACUCUAAUCAUACAUGGGCUAUACACAGUUUUUCAAUGAAUGUAGUUUGAAACAGUACCAUGCACAUUUUGAUGGUAUGGGGAUACAGACGUGCGCGUGGCAUGGGUACCUCAAAUAUCUGAACAGGUCUGAACUGAGUAAACAGAUGUUGUUGCAGCAUAUGCUGUUGCUUCUACAGUGUUGUCAAAAGAAAAAGGUAAUGUAACCUAAAGUUAGAUUUGCCCCGUCUCAAAUGUUUUGAAUCGUGUUUCUGGCCUUAAAUUUCAAAUGAGCAUAUUUUUCUAUAAAACACUAACAGAUCAAACAGACUGAACCUUUUUUAUGCAGAUUUUUUUUUUGUGACACACACACAGUGUGUCACAAUUUGAUACCAAACCAGACUCAAAAUUCGUUGAGUCAUGUCUGAGCUUGUUUCAUUGCAAGACUCAACAACCAACAACCUUCAGACAUGCCAUGUAAUGGAGCCGACAGUUGUUUUUGUGUUUCUACACACAAAGGCGAGUAAUUUAACUGAAAAUCUAAAGUGUUUUUAUUACAACAUCAUUCUUUAUAUUCAGACCUGUUUGCUCAGGCUUCCUGGCCCCGUGUCUCUUCCAAAGACAGGUGUGUUUGGGCCAUGAAAAGACUUGUUGUUGCUGUAUUGGUGCGCUAUUAUUAGCAGACCAAUUUUCCCUCUUUCCAUAAUAUCAGUCAUCCUGGCACAACUCUGUUUUGCUUGGUUGCAUUUUGAGCACAUUCUCUUGACAGGGCCUUUUAUAGCCUUGUGCUGAAGUGGCAAGUUGUGUAAUUUGGAUGUUUCUGAAAUUAGAGCAUUUGGAUGUCACAAAGCUGUGGAAUUUAUGCCGUCAAAGGUCACUUCUGAACAGUAAAACCACUCUGCUCUUCUUAAUGGAUAACAAGAAAAAUUUGUCUGCUAUUCCUGUCCUCAAAAUGACACUCGCCCAGAUAAAUGGCCCAUGGUGACUCCUUUGCUUUUUGAGCUCAUACGACUCUGUUUUUACAGGAAGGAAAAGAGGAGGAUGAUUGUAUCACAAUUUCAUUUUUAGACCCUCAGUUAUCAGAUUUAAGCAAAUGACCACAUUAAUUUGGCUGCCAUUUUUCUCUAAAGGUCAGAGUAUGAAGCUCAGGAGCUGUUUAACAGUCUUGCGGAUUAAAGGGAUCUUCAAAUUAUUGCUGUGUCAUAAAGCAAUUCCUGUUUGAUCAGAUACUUGAAGGGGAGUGGAAAGUCCAUCAUUUUAUGCAACUUUAAAGCAGUAGAGAAAACUGUGACAUUUUGGUAGCAUUUCAGCAUCCUUCCCUGAGAGUGAUGUCAGAAGAAAAUGGCUGCCACAGAGAUAUUAUCAACAGUUUCAGACUGCUCCGGAGUUCUUGGGUUCAAAGAUAAAUAAAGAUCAAAGCUUAAAUGUGAUUUUCUUUCUCUCAUAUUGAUGAUAAAUCUGUGGCAGUUUGAAUACACAAACAUCAGUCGCUGAUAAAAUGUAAAUGUUGAAGGACUCUUCUGAUCAAGUCAAGACUGUAUAUCAUUUCAGGGCGGUUCAGUAAAGCCUCCGUCUCUUUCUUUUGUUUAUUCUCCUGGUACAGAAUCAAGGGCUCAGAGGAGGUGGAGUCAUGAGUGCACAAGAGGCACCCAAUCCUGGGAAGGAGAAGACUGCAGACUCUGGUAGUGCUGCCCCAGAUGGACCCUCACCAACUGUAGCCCCAAAGCCUAAGAGCCCCAGUCCACCACCUGUCACAGUAAAGAAAGAGCCGGGGACCUCAGAGACGAGUAACGGGAAAGUGGGUGACAUCAACCCUGCUGAGAUCUGUGUCGUCUUAGGAGGAGCUGAUGGAGGAGCAAGUGGAGUCAGCUCCCGUAGAGCUCAGGCCGAGGGUAUCUUUGCUCUCGGUACUCCUCCUCCAACAAAGAGCACAGACUCAUGCAUAGGUGUGUAAAGACCUUUUGUAUAUUUAGACAUCAGCUUUUCCUGAAUGCAAACAUGUUUGGUCUCUUUUUGACCCUGACUUUUUCUAACUGAUUAAAAAACAGGGCAAAUAAAAACUGCACAGCGUUUUUAAAAAAAUGUCAUUUUGAACACAUUGAGCAGCAGCAGCAUCUUUUUUCUGAAACAAUGUCCUUGUUACUGAGAUAAUCCACAGACCUUGCUAUAAGCCGUUUUAAUUGGAACUACUUUCUACAGACAAAAAAAAAUGGCCCUCAUGAAAUGUAUUUUUUAGAUGUAAUUUUCCAGUCCCAUAAGCACAAUUGAAACUCCGUUCACUUGCAUUUUGUGUAGUAUUUAGCAUUUGGGUUGCAGCUGAAGUUGUAAGAUGGAUAAAACCUGGGUGAUGAUUGUUUAUUAUGUACUGUAUACUUAUAUUUUUCCCUAGUUGGCAAUCAUCUCUGUAAAACUUUCUGCAUAAGUACACAAACAAUUCAAAUUCGUAUCACUGAAUUUAUCCCCAAGGGGCAAUUCAGUUUGAAAUACAUGGGUCACAGCAAAGGACUAGACAUUUAACACAUUCACUAAACAAUACAGUACACACGCCUGUCAAUGUGCAGGACAGCGGAAGGGUCCAGUCAUUAAGUGCAGUAGUGGCAAGUGCAAUAGUCACAAUAAAUAAGUGAAUUUAAAAAAAGGAUUUAAAAACCUAAAGAGUAAAAAACAACCAUGUACACUAUGCAUUAUCACCAUAGACUGUAUGUAGAAUGGACGCCGUCUGCCUCCUCGCUGGGUGAAGCCACUCCAAGAACAGCACCCUCUGGUGAUAGGCUGCAGUAUAGGUCAUAAAUCCCACCUCCACCAGCAAAGCUUAUGGAGCUGUGGACAAACUUUAGAAAUUAAUUAUACAGAACAUACAUUUUUCUCCCCCCUGCUUGCGAUGUUGACAUGUAGUUAUUGUAAGACUGGUUUGUGCUCAAGUCCUCUUUUUUCUGUACAGCUACGUUUUUAAAAGUUAUUAGGGGGUUCAUGUUUGCUAAGAUUGCUACCUGAUACAGCCUAUGGGCGUUCUGGGAUUGCGUCGCUCUCCUGGGGGUUACGCUGUUUGAGCCGAAAUCAGUUGGGACUUUGGAUGACAACACCUGUGGCGCUGACCGGCCCAUACUCAUUUUUAAAAACAGAGGUUUACAAAUGCUUUGAGAAAUAGUCAUAAAGCACACGAGCUUCAGUACUUGAAAAUAAAAACAAAAAAGCACAAAUCAAGGCUUCAGAAUUUGAAGGCCAUUUUUUAUGUCAUAAGGAACCCAGACAAUAUAAGAACCAACAUAAAACAUAGCAACAUAAUUAAAAAUUAAUGCAAUUAAAAAGGGUGUUGAAAGCAGAAAACAGGAUCGCAAUUAUAAAAAGACAAUAUUAAUAAUUAUAAAAAAUAAGUAAAUAAGCGAGAUCGAACAAUAAAAAAGCCAAAAAGUUUAUUUAAGAAAAGAUUAAAAGUGUAAAUAAAAGUGAAAAUGACCAUCAACCCAAAACAAGAUAGAGAUCAAAGAGAACAAGAUAAAAGAUGGCAUCACAUCAAAGCAAGUCUGUAAAAGUGAGUUUUCAAGAUUGACUUAAAAGAAGCGACUAGUUCUGCACGCUUUAUCUCCUCUGGCAGGUUGUUACAAAGUCGCGCAGCUCUGAAACAGAAUUCAUCAACACCUUAAAUUAAAACAUUACUAUCCUUUCUUAAUCUAAAAUCAAACUCCACAGCUUAGCCUGCAUCAUUUUCUAGCUAGCUAGAACUUGUUAGGAAGUUUCUCAGGAAGUCUUAAGCAGCAAUCGAGAACAUUUUGGGUGCUUAAAGUUUUUGUUGGGCACAGUUCAGCAUUUCUGACAGCUCACAUAAUUGCAGCACAAUAAACAAAGGCUUGAAAAUAGAAGCUGGAUUAUAUAGCUCAUACUGACCCGUUUAAGAUCUCUUGAUCGGCCCUAAUACCAGUCUUGGCUCCUGACUUUCAUUAUUCAUAUUACAACCAAAUAAUCCGAUUUAUGAUAAUUCUACACUUUUAGACAACAAAGCUGAGAAGAAACCGUAGAUUUAUAAGAUGUAGAAUUGUAUGGAAAGUGACAUUUAAUUGGAUUUUAGAGCAUGACUGGCUUUGGAUAAUGUUUUGGUUUGGAUUUUAAUGCUCACCGUUGUUGUUAGAACUACUUUGGCUGGCCUACCAAUAGACGUGUACUCUUUUAUAAUUGCAAUUUUUGAAUUCUCGUGCAGGUUCAUAUGUAUGCGGGGUUUGUGGGAAGAAGUACAAGUAUUACAACUGCUUUCAGACACACGUCAGAGCACACAGAGGUAAGACACUUAACCAUGGACACAAAAGUAUUGAUUUCACUCUGGUUUUUCUUCUUUUGAAAUUGAGGUCCCUGAUGAUUCUUUCUCGAGUAUUUUGGGCGUUUGAACCGUUUUUGCAUGAGAGAUAUUAAUUUUGACGAUAGAUGAAAACUGCCAGAAAAAGUGAGCGUGCAUUCUUCUAUUCACAGAUUUCUCUAAGGCUGACUAUUUUUCCCCUAUAGAAUCAGAGAGCAUGGUUGCAGAUGGUCUACCCCAGACGCCCAACAGUGAGUACAGUUCUGCACACUCAUUCAGUGAACACAUUGAAGUUUAUAUGCAUGCCAACACAAGCUGUUAAUUCCAUGCAUGGCUCAUUUAAUUUAAUAGACAUCAUGUUUGUGCACUUAGGCUUUUUUCAUCAGUCUACUGAGUUUUUAAUUGCAUAUAAUAGACAGCAACCGGUGUACAAUUUGGUCAAUGCUUUCAGCUGGUAUUGACCUAUGAAAAACAGUUUUGAAUUGGCAUAUCUAUUGUGCCAGAAUGCAAACUUUGUUUACUGAACACCAAUGAUUUGGUGUUUUAUAAAUGGUGUCAUUAUGAUGGCUAAGUCUUCAAUACUUGCAACACUGUCUGCAGCACAUUAAGCAGAACGCUGAGUGGUUUGAGUAGUGUUGCGUGAUCAUAGCAGCACAUGUUUUUCCAUGUAGAAAAGAUUUGACUAGAAGCCUCAGAAAUUCACAAAACUGGCUGCCCUUUUGGUGUCCAGGCUUUUCUGCUAAAACUGUUAUAUAUAUCAGAAACCUCAUAUGUCUUUAAUUCGAGAGGAUUUGUCUCUAAGUGACUCAGCAGGCUCAAAUCUGUAUUAUUUGCUCCCACUGUCCUUUGUCGCUCCCAUCAGUCUUGUUUGCUCAUUAUAGCUGCCUUCCAUGGGUGCCGUCUUAUUAUAUAGUAUCUGUAAGGCAAUAUCCAAGUCAACUUCAUCGUUUCUGGCUCAAUCAUAGCCAUUGUGGACACAAUGUUCUCAUUAUCCCAAAGAUAUUUUGCUGAUAAAAUUGGCUCGGGUUACACUUUAACUGAAUUAUCUCGGCAGAGCCAAUUUUCGACUGUGUCCUCACAGCCGAAAAAUGUCACACACUGGACCCUCGCUGUCAGCAGCACCUGUCCAACUAAGGUUAACCUUAAACUAUUGUAAAAAAUAAUAGGCUUUUUGCAGGCUUGAGUAUGUUGCUCCAGUGUUUAAGGGGCCUGUAUUUAUCAGGCAUCUUAAAAAUCCCUCCCAGGAAUCACAGCGAAAGUUUGAUUAGGACUAAAAAUACUCCUACCUCAGAGUAGUACUUGAGGGUUAUUUAUAAAGCUUCCUCCACGCACACCCAGCAAUCAUUACAUGAAUGUGCACAUCACUUAAAGGCAGCAGUAUCAACAUGGCAGGAAUAAAAGAAAGCAACUCUUUCACAGUAGUAAUUGUUUUUAGUUGUUUUAGGAGUACAAACAGUUUUUGACUGAAAAGCCUGUGACAGUGUUAAUAAGUAGGCCAGAGAGAGUGCUUGGCAAAAUGCUGAUAGAUUAAAUUCUUAGGAGGAGGGAACAUGCUGUAACGCAUUUUUGGUUGAUGCGACAUAUUUAGACUUCCUUCUUGAUAAUGACUGGCAGGCCAAUUUAAAAGUGUAAUUUUAAUAUAAUUUACGUUCAUGAGACGUCCAAUAGCCCUUUAAAAACGAGGCAGUGAUCAAACAAAAAACAAACUGAGGCUAAUUAUAACUUUUUUUUUUUUUUUCCAAUAAAAAUUUGUCAUAGUUUAAUAAAGAGAGAGAUUACCUUAGAAGGAAAUGGUCUGCAUGUCAGUGAAAGAAGAUUAAAGCUGAGGUUUAAGGCAGCAAAGUAAAGAUAUGGCAUUACUGUAACCUUGACUUUAAGCCGACUUAACUCCAGAUUUGUUAGUUAUGAUUCAUUUAUAAAGCAACUUUCUCCGAAUCACUGCAAGCACACACUUCUAAACCAGGGAAGGAAAAAAUAAGCCAGGACAACAAUAAUCCUGGAUUUCCAGUGAUUUCUUAAGUAUUUUCCAGUUAAAGAAGUAAGGGCAUGAGAACAUUUAAAAAAAAAAAUCAGAAGACAACACAUGCUGUGGUGUUGUGGGGGAGUUCUGGGAGCUGAAAGAGAGUAUUUUGAGAGCUCUGCUUGAACAAACUUUGUUUAGUUCUGACUUUGUGGGUGUUGGGACCAAAAACAAACCCCUGUUUAAAGAAUUGAAGGGAUUUGGCAGGGCUUUGUUGCUUCAGGUAUCUGUGAAAUGACACAUUUUUAUCCAGAAUUUCAUGUUUGACUAAGAACACUACAGCUUGAAUCACAUUAAAUAUAUUUUACUUUAAUAUAAGAUUUUACAACUCAUGCAUUUUUGUACAGCCCCAACUUCAACUCUCAAAAAAAAGACGGUAGGCUGUGUGGAAAACUGAAUUUAAUGGUUUGCGUAUAAUUUCAGCUCUGUAUCAAAUUGAAAAAAGUGCAGAGACAACAUAUGAAAAAUGUUCUUUUCUGAAAAAUACAUCCUGUUUUUAAACGUGAUGCGAGUAACGCAUGUCAGAAAAGUUGGGACAGUUGCAUGUUUUCCAUUGUAUUGCAUCACCUCUUCUUUUAACAACCCUCUGCAAAAAUAGGCUCAUUUUGAAUUUGGUGCUGGCAACACAUUUCAAAAAAGUUGGGACAGGGGUUUGUUUACCAUUGUGUUGCAUCACUUCUUCUUAUAAAAACACUUUGUAAAGGUUUGGAACUGAGGACACCAGUGAAAGUAUAAUGUUGUCCCAGUCUAGCCUGACAUAGGAUGUCAGCUGCUUAACAGUUCAGGGUCUCCUUUGUUGUAUUGGUUUGUUUCAUGGUGUGCCAAAUGUUUUCAGUGGGUGAGAAGUUAAGGCUGCAGGCAGGCAGACCACUUGAGCAACCGGAUUCUCCCUCCACUGUGGACCCACACUGUAGUUUGGCAUUGUUUUGCUGAAAUAUACCAUGUUCUCCCUGAAGAGGCAUUAUCUAGAUGGGAGUGUGUGUCACUUCUAACUUGUAUAUAUUGUUAAUGGUUCCUUCGCAAACCAUCAAAUCAGUUUUUCAAAACAGGUUAAAUUUUGCACUGGGGGUGGGAAUCACCAGUGGCCCCAGGAUAUGAUAUUAUCACGAUACUUGGGCGACGAUACGAUAUUAUCACGAUGCCUGGGGUGACGAUACGAUAUUAUCACGAUACUUGGGUGACGAUACGAUAUAAUCACGAUACUUGGGCAACGAUACGAUCACGAUACUUGGUUGACGAUAUGAUAUUAUCACGAUACUUGGGUGACGAUACAAUAUCAUCACAAUAGUCUGGCCACGAUACGAUAUUAUCACAAUACUUGGGCCACAAUACGAUAUUAUUGCGAUUUUUAACAUUUUGAGUAUUGCGAUACGAUAGAUUCCCCAGGUGCUGCUAUAUUUGUUGUAAUAACUUUCUCCGGCUCUAUUAUGUCCCCUCUGCUGUCCUCACUGGACAAACAGUUGAUUUUAUUUUUCCAGUAUCAUAGAAUUUAGUUCAUAUUAACAAUUAAUUUGAAAAAAAUCGAUACUUAGUCAAUGAGACGAUACAAUAUAUCACCAGCCAAAAUAUCGCAAUGCUAUUCCAUAUCGACUUUUUCUCCCACCCCUAUUUUGUACCCACCUCAGUUCCUUCCUUUGCUGCUUCAACAGAGUGGCUCUGUUUCAAUGGCAGUAGGUUUUUAAAAACCUGGCUUUGUCUUAAUCAAACUUUUUAGUCCAAAUUUCAGCAUACCUUAAGAGUUUUAUUUUUUUUUCCGAGGCUAAAUAAACAAAAGAGAAAUACCUGAGAGAAAGCCGAUUCAUUCUGCUGUGAAAAAGAAAAUGAAUACGCCGCUUUCAGCUAAUUAUCAGUGUACUCCGUGAUCAAAACUUGUCCUAUUGAUUGAGAAAUCAAAGGAAAAAAAGGAUGUGUGUUCAGUUUUGUGAAUUUGUAAAAUGUCGACUGCACUGGUAUUUGAAUGUAAGGUAUGUCAGUAUAAAAUUUUAUGUGGUUUUCUCCAGCCUUUUUUUAAUUCUAAAACAUUUCCUAUUCAUCCUUCAAACCCAGCGACAAAAAAGAAUAAAACAUCUCUGCUUGAACCUUUCGUCAAACAGCUGAAUAAGAGGACAUUCAAGGUUGUCAAAUCUUGAACUUGACCUUGUCUUGUUGUUCCUCUUAAUACAAGAAAAUAAAGGAAGAAGAGCCUUGUUGCAGAUUUGGCUUGUCUUUUAAGUGUCCUUGCCGUCUCUUUGACUAUUUAUGCGUCUCUCUAUUCAUUUGUGCGCUGUAACCUCUUACUAUAGAGACACGUACAUACAGCCAUAAGCAGGGAUGCAUGCUGUUACUGUAUGUUUAAGAUAUGUCUUCACUUCCAAUUUUUAUACUUAAAGUCAGUCAGGGACACUAAUAAAGUAGAUUUGAAUGAUUUGCAACUCAAAAAACUCCUCAUUUAUCCUUUACUGUAAUCUGUGAAAACCCUCAUUUCAGCGCUAUUCAGUCUGCCUGAAAUGCUCCAUUUUGGCUGCUCUUUCGGUGAUUUGAAGUUAGACACAGCUUGCAGGUGUUUCUUUUCACACAGGUUUGAAGUCAUGAAACGACAUAAGAGUUAAGACUUUACAGAAAAUAUGCGCAUGCUAGCUCCCUUUAGCUGUACAUUAAUGUGCAGUUUUCUGAGACAUAUUGAAUCAGAUGCUUGGGAGCUAAAUUUCCUUGUUUUCUGUUUAGUUUAAUUUUUAGUGUAAGCCUUCAUGCGGUGCGGGCUGGAAGAUGGCUCCUAUGAAACCAUUUAUGUUUGUUUUUUUGAUGCCCCCUUGUAUCACACUGGCACAAUACCACUUUCAGUACUGUUAUUUUGAUUUAUAAAGCAUUGUCAGGGUCCAGUCCAGAGCAGGAUAACAUUUUAGCUAGUUUUCAUUAAAAUAAUAAAGUAUAAAUGACUCAUAAAAAAUAUUAAUUAAAAAACAGAAGCGAUAGAGAAAACAGAUUUCAUUGAAACUGAAAAAGGAUAUGUAAAUCACAAAACCAUUUCAAUAACCAACUAUUAGAAAUAUUCAUGUUUAGUUAACCGCAGUAGUAAGUCUCUACUACCUGGAUGUGAACAAAUGCAGGGGACAUCUGUGGUUCAAUAAGUCUGACAACAUGGCUGAUUUUAGGAAUUAAAAUAUGAGGACGUAGUUCUGGUUGUAUUUCUGCAGCCAGUCGAAACUCGCAAUAGCUGUGGGGUUUUUUGUGUGAUAAACUUCCCGUUUAUUUUGGUCAUUUUGGUUUGACCAGCGCCAUCAAGCUGUUGAAUCAGCAUCUCCGUGUGACGCAUGGAUUAUUUUUGCAAAAAGUAGUUUAGCAAGUUCUGAAUAUUUUGUAAAAUAUAUUCAAGUUCAUUGACUUUUUGAAGAUGCAUCUUUAAAAUUAUGGAAGCAAUUGUGACUCAUAUCUUAAAUUCAAAAGCAUAAGCAGAAAUGCUUUUUCAUUUCAAAGUCAUGGCAGCACUAUUUGACUCAAAAAUAAAAAUCAAAAGCAAUAUUCCAAAAUGCAUUUCAUUUUCUUCUUCAAGACUGCUCAUUCCAUGACUAAAUUAAAAAGAAAAAGCAAAACACAUUGAACAUUUAAUUUUCAAAACAUUCUCCAGCAAAAAAGGUAUCAAAACUCAAUUUGCAAUGUCAAAUUGAAAAUGAAAAACCAAACUCAGAAAUGCUUUUUCGUUUUCGUGCUCGCACCGCAAAAAGUGUCUCAUAAUUCAAUCGGAGUUCGCCAUCUCAAGUGGCGCCGGAAAGUGACGUCACGGACCCCACUCAUUCUGGCCCCUUCUGGCCGAUAGGGGGCAGUGAAUCCGUGUAUCAUUGAAUGAAAUCAAACCGUGGAUCGCGGCUAUCUGUUUCAUCACUGAUCGAUGGAUUUGGGAUAUUUUGCAAAUAAAGGGCCAUAAACACAGUGCGAAACAGACAAAAUGAUCAUAGAGAUGCCUUAAAAAUACAUGGCACAGAGACAGAAUCACUGCAGUCUCUGUCCAUGUUAACCUGUGACUGUAUGCAGAUGUCAGCGGUGUGUCAGGUGUGCUGGUCCUUUUACUCACUCACUUACAGCACGGAGACUCACUUUCCGGCGCCACUUAAGAUUGCGAACUCAGAUUGAAUUAUGAGACGCUUUUUGAGGGGCGAGCACGAAAACGAAAAAGCAUUUCUGAGUUUGGUUUUUCUUUUUAAUUUUGUCACAGAAUGAGCAGUCUUGAAGACGAAAAUGAAAUUGCAUAUUGGAAUAUUGCUUUUUAUUUUUAUUUUUGAGUCAAAUUGUGCAGCAGUGACUUUGAAAUGAAAAAGCAUUUCUGCUAAUGCUUUCUCAUUUCCGAAUUUGACAUUUCAAAUUGAAUUUUGUUACCUUUUUGCUGGUGAAUGUUUUGAAAAUUAAAUGUUAAAUGUGUUUUGCUUUUGCUUUUUAAUUUGGUCACAAAAUGAGCAGUCUUGAAGAAGAAAAUGAAAUUGCAUAUUGGAAUAUUGCUUUUUAUUUUUGAGUCAAAUAGUGCAGCCAUGACUUUGAAAUGAAAAAGCAUUUCUGCUAAUGAUUUUGAAUUUGAGGUAUGAGUCACAAUCGCUUCCAUAUAAAAUACCUUGGGUAGUUAAUUGAGCAAAACGGUCAAAACUGACGCGAGAAACUUAUGAAGUUGGCGCUGUGCUGCUAAAUUAGAAAACAUUUGCCGCAUGGGCAUUAAAGGUAAGGGGCCUUCUGCUGGGGCAGUGUAUGUCAGGCGUACUGUAUUGACAGAAAGCCAAAACACGAAGAACAGUAAUUAGAAUAUGACUUUUUUUCAUGCCGUCAGUCUCAUCCUUGCAAUUCUCUCUACGCAACAGAUUGUCUUCAGAGAGGAUUUCUCUGAGUUGUGCCUGAGCCAGAAUCACUGUAGGUGUUCUUGUCAAAAGCCACCUGGCUGCACAAUUCUUCCUAUUGAAAUAAAAUUAGCAGGAGAAGAACAUGUAAUCUGCGGCCUUAUGUCCUCGCACUCUCUUUAUAGAAGUAUUCACAGAAUGGGCAACAAACAGUGGAGUGUCAAGUGAAUACAUAAAUACUUUGCUUUCUUUAAAACUCUUUGUUAGUAUUAGAAAGAGAUUAAAAUACAAAAUUCAGUCUUUUUUGUUAAUUUACAUUUAAUUAAUUUUCUUAAGUUUUCUAUGUGUGUUUUUUUUAAGCAUAUAAUUAAAGAAAUAAUGAAAUCCUUAUUACCUCUUCUCUCACUGUACCCCAGGGAUUCAUCAGCCGAUUUGUCUUGUUUAUCUGAUCUCAUCUAGUUCCCUCUGUCUGUCCCAGCACAAUCCAAUCUGUUCCUAUGCAUUUUAAUCUUCCUGUGUUUGUUCAUUUAUCCAUGUUUCUAAAGUGCAGAAUGAAUAUAAAAAGAAAUAGACAUUGUGUGGGGGAGAUGAUGUUCAGCUGCUGUUUUCAACUUAUUAAAUUGCUGCGUGUUGGGGUGUCACUGAAGUGCAUGCUCUGUAGCUGUAACAUCCAAGGUUCGGUUCAAACAAAUCUCUCUCUGCUGAAAGUUUUUUAUUAUUUAACUUUUAUAUCUACCCUGCAAGCAGUUCUUAAUUCAAUCAUUCAGAGAGUUCGGCUUGUCAGAGUGUAGCCUUCACUGCCUGCCUGCCUGCCUGCCUGCCUGCCUGCCUGUGUAUCAGUCACAGUUAAACAAUGCUGCUCUCUCUUUCAUCUGCUCCUCUGCAGGUAGCUUCCGUUACUCCUGUGACAUCUGUGGCAAGAAGUAUAAAUACUACAGCUGCUUCCAGGAGCACCGUGACCUGCAUGCAGUGGAUGGUAACCCAGAGUUUUGCAGAAUUGACACUUGUUCUUUUUUUCUUUUCAGUCCUGAACUGGAAAGUCAUGUAUAACUGAACUUCCCAUUUCACACUUUGCUCUCACUACAGAAUUUCUAUUUCUUGCUGAAGCAACUGAAGCCUAGUGGCAUGCUAAAGAGGAAUGGAUCCAAAAAAAGAGAAAAAACCCUUCAGCCUUUAUGAAAAACAAGAAGCCCCAAAAUAUGUAUUAAAUGAGCACAAGCUUGACUGCGAGGGUGUAUAUUUAACUCAAUUGAAAGGCAAUAUCGGCUUGACAGUUCCAGGACCAAUUUUACCUGAAGUCAGUCUGUGGUAAAGUGUUCAGACAGGCAGGUUCUCACUUCAGAUGGGGUUGUUUAAAACCUGCUAUCUUACACUAGAACAUCACUCCUGGCAAAGUCAUGAGAAAGACAGUAGAAGUAUUAAUAUGUGUGAUAACAGUGGCUACUGUCUGUAAGAAGACAGGAAAGACAGGUGCUUGGGUUUCCAAGUUUUUGUAUUGCAUGUUUUUUUUUUAUCUUAAAGUAUCAUAUUAUUAGAUAAAUGAUGGUUUUUAAACCAACCCCUAUUUCAAAAUAGUAAGGUUGCUGUUAAAGUAUGGUGCAAAGUUAACAUAUCAUGUGUUGAAACUGAAAAAUGUGUUCUCAUUUUAAAUUUGAUGCAAGCAACACAUUUCAAAACAGCUGGGAUAGUGGCAUGUUUACUGUCGUGUUGCAUCACCUCUUCUUUUAACAACACUCUGGUAAUGUUGAGGAACCGAGGACAUCAGUUUCCAGAGUUUUGAAAGAGUGUUUUUUACAUUCUUACUUGAUGUGAGAGUAGUUCAGGGUCCUCUUUGUUGUAUUUUUUGUUUCAUGAUGCACCACAUGACUAGUCAGCUUUGCAGGUGGGACAGUUGAGCACCGAUACUCCUCUUCUCUACAGUAACCCAUAGUGUAGUAAUACCUGCAGGAUUUAGUUUGGGAUUGUAAUGCCAGAGUAUGCAAGGUGUACACUAAGAGAGGCGUUGUAUAGAUGACAGCAUAAGCUGCUGCAAAAGCUUUUCAUAUUUUGUAUAUUUUUCUUUAAUGGUAUAUUGUAUAAAAAUGGUACCUUAUCAGAUGUGUAUGCUCCCAGUGCCGUGAGCACUUAAGUAUCCCUAUACCAUCACUCUUAUUGGCUUUUAAAUUGUGCACUGAUAAGAAGCCUGCAGCUCUCUCUUCUCUAAAUUGGAGGGUGCAGCGUCCAUCAUUUUCAUCUAGAGUAUUGAAUUUUGCUUUUUCAGACUGUACAACUUUUUCCUACUUUGGCUCAGCCAUGACUUUGAAAUGAAAAAGCAUUUCUGCUAAUGCUUUUGAAUUUUCAAUUUGACAUUGCAAAUUGAAUUUUGUUACCUUUUUGCUGGUGAAUGUUUUGAAAAUUAAAUGUUAAAUGUGUUUUGCUUUUUCUUUUUAAUUUAGUCACAGAAUGAGAAGUCUUGAAGAAGAAAAUGAAAUAGCAUUUUGGAAUAUUGCUUUUUAUUUUUAUUUUUGAGUCAAAUAGUGCAGCCAUGACUUUGAAAUGAAAAAGCAUUUCUGCUAAUGCUUUUGAAUUUGAGAUAUGAGUCACAAUCGCUUCCAUAUUAAAGUCUCCAAGUAGAUGGUUUUACCGUCAUGAAUUGGCAUGAAGUUGCUUAAAGAAAAAAAUAUUCCUCCUUAAUGUCAUUAGUGAUUAAAUCCUAAAGUCGUUUCUUACCUUCCUCUGUUGUGGGUUAUGAAUACAGCAACUCUUCCUCCAGCUCUUUUCUUUCUAUUUAAAAAUGCUCGAGUGUACUGGGGCACAUUGUAGAAGUCAACAUUUUCACCAGAAAGCCAAGUUUCUGUUAAUGCAAUGACUGAGAAUUCAUGUUUUAGCGUUGACAGGAAAUGUAUAAAUGGAUUAUUAUUCUUCGGAAGGCUGCAAAUGUUUCAGUGGAUUCUAGACAAAAACAUUGGGCUUAUUGGAUACAUUACUGUUCAGCAUGUGAAAUUCCUCUUUGUUAUAAUAUUUACAUGUAUUAGACUCUCUGUUAAAUCCAUUAAAAGGUUAGCAUCAGGGUCAUGUGAGUUGAUACAGUCCAUUUGUUAUUUGUAGAGAAUGAGUUGUUAGAUUCUGUCAUGAAUUUACUCACACAGUCUCUCACAGAGUGGUGAACCUCUCCUUAUAUUUACUUCUGAAAGACUCAGCCUCUCUGGAGUCAUGUUACCAACCUGUUGCGUGUUAUUCUAAUUAGUCAAGAGGUUUCCACUGGAUGUUUUUUUAGCAUUACACAACUUCUUCAGUGUUUUAUUGUCCCUGUCCCAACUUGUUUGAAAUGUGUAGCUGGCUUCAAAUUUAAAAUGUUUAAAUUUUCACAGAACAGUGACAUUGCCACAUUUUAUAUGUUGUAUUUGUACUAUUCUAAACUAAUUUGCAAAUCAUCACAAUCUGAUUUCAACAUUUAGAGAGUCCCAACUCUUUUGGAGUUGGGGUUUGUUUUUUCAUAGAGCUUCCAUCCCUUAUUUUGAUAAGGUUGAGUUUUCGCUCAGUCUCUUCCUGCCAUCUCUUCUUCCCUGUCUCUCUCAGAUCCAUAUGAACAGGUAGUGUUACCUGUGGAUGGCCUUAAAGAGGAGGAGCCUGUUGAACCCUACCAGAAAAUUGGACCAAGUAAGACUGUCUGAUGCACUUCUUUAGUUAGUGGCACACGUAUUCAGAGCAAAGCAAACAAGUAAAGACCAAUUAGGAUUUUUGCACACAUUGUUAUUUUCUUGUGUUUGUUUUGUUGUAUUGUUCAGGGAAUAUUUCGAGUGGCCAAUCCUAAUUUGAACUUUAUCUGCUUGCUUGGCAUUAACAAUCUAAAACAGGUUUUUAGUUGCCUUCAUUCCUUUGAUUACUCUCAACAUGCCAUACAACUGGACAUGCAAAGAUCACCUGUGUCCGAUCAAGUCAGGUCAUUUUUAUUCAGUCCAUUGGGCACAAUUUGUAAUGAAUGACCCUAAGUCAUGGUUGUGAUCCGUUUAGCUAAAACAUAAGCUAAGCAUAUGAGCUAACUCCACACUGGAAAGGUUUCAGAACAUGAGUCCAAAAGUCCUCCUUCGCAGGGGAAAAAGCACUCGCCCACCUCCGCAGAGACCGCGGGUUCAACCGACGGCAGCGGGUGUCCCUUCAAACACAAUUGGCAGUGUUCGCAGGUGGGAAGCCUGCACUUGUCACUGCACUAAUUACUCCUAUUGAUUGAGGGGGAUAAAAUGAACCUCCAUGCACUAUGCAGGGAGGCCCCUUGUUUUUUUUUUUUUUUCUGAUACUGAGGCAUUGCUAAACCUAAACUCUCAGAAUGAUCAGUUUGGAAAAGAUCAAAUCACCAGCUCCUUCUUCUCCUCCACCUCUUCUUUUCUGCUUCCUAGACAUUAUUAACCAUCUGAAGCUGUCUAAGAUUUUUACACAACUAAUCCAACAAACUAGAUCUUAACUGAAUCAGCUCAGGUUUGUCUUGCAACAUGAAUUUACAUGAAAUUGCUGUUUUGAUUGUGUGCUUUCUUGUCUGCAGAAACAGGGAGCUACGUUUGCGAGUACUGUGGGAAGCAGUACAAGUACUUCAAUCCGUACCAGGAGCAUGUUGCUCUGCACACACCAAUGGGUGAGCCUGAUAUGUUAGUUAUUAAACAAUACUUUGGAUUACAAGAUAACAGACCUUCUUUGUAUUGUAAAGUAAUGUAAGAAGAGAUAUUUGAGCCUGUACAGAAAUUCUACUGUAUUAAAAUACAUCAGCGUUUUGGAUUUUGUUUUUGUGUUUACAAUGUCUUUGUGAGGAUAAAAUCAGUAUUUUCAUAUCUGAAGUCACUGGUCUAAGGCAAAGCUUUGAGAUUUAACUGAUUCUUUGAAUGUGUCUUUGAUGUAGGCUCCUUUGAUUUGAAGGCGUCACGGGUACCUGAAUGUGGAAGCAUUGAUAUGAGUAAAUUUGGCCACAGCCCAGCUGCUAAGAUAAAAAGUAAGCACCAUUUCUUUUAUCCAGCGUUUUUUUCAGUAGUUUGUUCCAGUGGGCAAGGUCUACAUCCUUCACGAUCUAUAUACUUCACACACUCAGAGCUUCUGCCUGCUAGAAGAAGCAGAAGCUGGUUUAAAAUUGAACAGAAAGCCUCUAUCUUAUGCACCUUCAAAGCAGUUGUAGGGUUUUUCCCCCCCUCUGCCUGGGGCUGUUUAUUACAUUAAGGGAUCAUAUUCUAUGUCUUUUAUUGCUGAUGCAGAACUUGAUUUCUUUCACAUUGACUGAGGAUGCCAAAAUGACAAAGUGUGAUCGUGUUUAAAAGACCAAAGGACAUAAUUGAGCGUAGAUUGAUAAUGAUACCAACCUUGAUGACCAUAAUUGAAACACAAAACAUCUAUUUCCUUUACUGUUGAUUAAAGCCUUUAAACUAAUAUCUUUAAAAUGGUGGUUUUAUUGUUGGUGCUCACAAUACUGCAGAAGUGCAGCCUGUUUAUGUGGCUGCUGACACAGAGAGGUUUGAGGGCAGGAACCGGCACAGUAAUAUCCCAGACCUGCUGUUAGGGUGUGUUAGAAAUUCAUAAGAGCAUAGCUCACUAUGACUGAAGCGUGUUACACUGAGCGAGUGGAAACAGGAUUUAAGCGAACCACUAGAGAUUGAGUUUAAGGUUCUGGGUCACCUUCCCGCUGUAUUUGUGGCAACCUUGCAGGAAACGAUCAACCUUUAGGGGAUAGUAGCGGUAAUUGCACAGUUGCAUUGAUAAUGCAUUAUGAAAUUUUUAUUCUUAUAAAUGUUUUGAGCGCUCAAUAUGUUAUCAUGAUAGAAAACACUGAAAAGUUUUCACAGUUACAAACAAAUUUUCAGUUGGACAGAAUAAAGUAAAAUCAAAUAUAAGGACAAAUGUCAAUUUUUUCUCUAAGCCUUUAACACGUGACUUUUUCCCAGGCUAUUUGAUAUCCUUGUGUCACUCAGAAAAAAUUAUUUAGGACAGCUGCAAAAGUUUUUUUACUAAGUGGUUCUGUAUUUUGUGGUUCAUGACACCCCCCCUCCAUCUUUCUGCUAAGAAGAGCGCUGCCAUAAAGAACUAUUUAAAGCGUGGCACACUCACAUGGUAGAAGUGGGUCAAAAAGAUGGAAUGAAGAGGAGGAAUUAAGCCCAUAUUUAAAUGUAAUACGAACAUUUGGAUCCGUUCGUCAAGGCUGUUAGCUGGAUUGAUUUGCACGCUGCGAACUUGCUAAGAUGAACAACUUGCAUGUCUCAGACUAGUCACUGUUGUGUGAGGUCACAUCUUCAAUAAAGACUGAAAUAUAAACGCUAUUAAUCAUUGGCUUGUCACUCAUUGUUCCCUCUGUGUUUUCACUCACAGACAGCCCAUUCAGGCGGAAGCUGGAAAGUGCAAUUCAGUCUAGUCUGGUUGACACAAACAGCUCGCAGAACUCAAGCGGUGAGCACUGAGUCACUUACUUAAUGUGGACGUUUGUGUACUUGUGAGGAAAUGUAUCAUUUCUGCUUGAACGGUGAAAAGUAUUUUCAGUUUCUUGGGCUGGCAACUGAGAUGGAGGCGGAGUAGAGGAUGUAAAGAGGUUUAUAUGACCUACCUUGCAUCAACUGUUACUAUAUAAAACUCAGUCUAAGAGCUCCAUUAUUAUUAUUAUUCCAGUCCAUACUCAGACCCUGAAAAUGGAGACCUUGUUGAAUAACAUGUUGAAUCACCUUUGGCUCUGAUAACAGCUGCCACAAAUCAAAGCAGUGACCCAAAAAUAGACUCGCAAUUAAAGAGCCCGAAAACACACUUCUUUCAACACUCUUGUUACUGUUAUGCUGUCCUACGUGAGCAAAAGACCCUGCAAAAGUUACACAUCUGUUAAAGUGUUCCCGACUAGAACUCUCUGCUCUUGUCUUUCUGUCUCUGACAUUCAUUCCAGUUUGAAGUUUGUUGGGAUUAAAGGUGAAGGGAGAGUAUUUCCGUGCUCAGAUUUGCUACUUUUGAAUUACAAUCUGAUGAUUGUGUGCUGUGAAUUUGUCUUUUUGGCAGGUCUGGACAAAGAAAACACUCUUAACUGAAAUAGAAACUGGUUUCCGAACACCUAAAAAUAAUACCUAAAGGAUGUGAAUAUUUUCAGACCUAACCUCUACGCUUGUUGUCAAAAGUGUUUAAAUAUUUAUUAAGAGUCCAAAAUGGAAAACUCUGGGGCUGAUUUUCUUCUGUCCUGUGAUAUUUGGUGCUAGAAGAUAGCUAAAACAGUCAGUGCUAAAGACACAGAGGUAAAGGGAAAAAAAGGAGAGAAAGGAGCAACAGAGGCAGGCCCUCUGUGCCUGCAGUUUUAACUCUAUUAUCCUCUUGUCCUCAGGAACUCCGAGCCCUCUGGUGGCCAGCACCUUCACCACAGCCCAGAGUAAGUCCAACCCUACCUGCCUAUCAAAACAGAAAAUAUGCAUGUUUUUUCCUUCUUGUUUUACCCUUUCUUUUUGGAAUGCCUCAGUUUUUGUUAAUCUGUCAUUGUUUGGUGAAAAUAGCGUCUUUUAAAAUAUACAGCAUGUACAGAUUUUCCAUAUUUAGCUUCAUUACAACACCAAAGCAUAGGAAGACUUGCCACAAGAUUUCCUUUUAGCGGACAAAGCGUGUUAAGAGGCUGCUAAAAGUCUUUUGAAUUUUUUUUUUAGUUAAAGCUGUACACAACACGUAUUUGUUUCCUGUCUUUGUUGGAGAAAAUAGAAUAGAAACUGUCGACAUCUUUGGGGAAAUUUAAAUAAAAAAAGAGGCCUGACAUUCAACAAAGUCCCAGGGUCAGAUUCACACAAGUGGUUGUUAUAACACAGUUAGUGCCUUAGGCUUCAAGGCCAUGGUUGCUGUUACUGGCAGAGUAAUAAACAACCGAAUCACAGUUUGAAGUCAGUGUCGGAAACACAAAUCACAGAAGCGAGAGACCUUUGGAAUUGGUGGAAGUGACUUUCAGAGUUGCUGAUAGAGUGAUAUAGAUGUAGGGAUGAUAGAUGCCACUCGAUGGAAAGAUUGGAAAGAUGCACAGUGUAUUUAUUUGCUGCUCUGACAAAGAGUCAACACUCUUCUGGGCCUUGUGAUCUUUUAGAACCCUACACUUGUGGUGCCUGUGGCAUCCAGUUCCAGUUCUACAACAACCUGCUGGAGCACAUGCAGUCCCACGCUGGUGAGUCCAUGACUACUACUGCAUGUUAAGCUCAGCAAAAGCAGACAAACGCAGGGAACAAAUGUAGAGUGUGAGCACACCUGGAGUGGCUGCAAUGCAUGUGAAGGCCUUCGAUCACAGUUUGUCCCAAGUGUUAAUAAUUAAUUGAGAUACAGACACAGAUUCUUGCAGCUCCUGUUUGUUGAGUUCGAAGGAAUAUUACUAAUGUAAGGAUGGUUGUUGCAGAUCUGGUUCUGAGGCUGCCGGGUAGGAUUUUUCCUCAGUGCAUCACACAUAUAUAACCUUAGAUCUGUAUACGCUGGGUGUAUUGUCACCUGAUUGUUUAAUCAAGUCUUCAAUUAGUUAGUAAGCAAAACGCCAGAAACAACACCAAUUCCAAUUUAAGGCAACCGAAGCUGAAAGUCAUGACAAAAAUUACCAAAACAAAAAAAGUGUGCAACUACCCUUCUCCAAGAAGCUGUUACCACCAAAUCUUAGUUAUUUAACUUGAAAAAUGAACUGAGUGCAGUUUGUUCAUUCUCUAUCGUUUACUUGGAUUCUUGAGUUAUCACCUGGGAGUCUUAAAAUACUGUUACUCAGGCCUCAGCUAUGAAAACAGAAAAACUUUGCACCUGUUAAUAAUAAAUCAGUUUUUGCUGUUAAACAUUUGCUCCAAAGCACCUCCUCUCAAUGACACACCCUGAUAGAUGGAUAGGAGUAUGAAAUAAGGAAAUAUCCCUGUUUAAAUAUGUCUUGUAAACUUGCAUGGUUAAUUUUAAAUGCAUUUUUAUCAAAUGUAGAAGCAGGCAGAGUAGUGUACUUUUUUUGUUCUUUUUGUUAAGUUGGUUUUCAACUUCUUAGUAACCUCUUAAUAACUAUUUGUUAUUCUUCAUAUUUUUGCCAAAACAUUCACAGUUUUCCCCUCUCUCUUACUCUGUAUCUCUUCAGCUGACAAUGAGAACCACACCAAAGGCGACUCUCCAAAAACCUCCUCUGUCUCUGGUCCUCAAGAGCCACUGUGGAGAGGUUCUCAGACUCAGGCCCCGGCCCCGGCCCAUCCCUCAGUUAAACUACAAAUCCAACCUCAAAGUAUCACCCAGAGAAAUCACACUGUCAGCCGUAAGCAGAUUAUUCAAAUACCUGUGUGCACAGAAUGCAUAAAAUAGUAAUUGAUUUGACUUCUUGAAAUAACAAAUGAAUUUAAUUUUCCUGUUUUUCAAAUAGAAGAAAGUUUGUUUUUUUUUUUACUGUUUCUAAUUAUGUCCAUGUCUGUCUUUCUCUCCAUUCAUCCACUGUUUUUCUUAACAGAGAAUAAUGGGCUACCUGAGAAGGAGAGACAGCAGGUGGCUGAGCGUCUCUUACGGGUAAUGUGCUCAGAUCUGAGCAUGCUCAGUGUGCUCAACAGCAAGGACUUCCUGAAGUUGGCACAGACCCUGGUGGAUACGGGUGCUCGUCAUGGAGCCUACUCCACCCGUGAUGCUUUCGGCAACAUGAGUGCCUUGGCACUGCGCCAGCUGCCCCGCAUGUACAACCAAGUCAAAGUCAAAGUCACAUGUGCUCUGGGCUCCAACGCUUCUCUAGGCAUCGCCGUCACCUGCCACUCCCAGAGCUCAGGUCCAGAUGCCUGCUACGUGCUAACAGCCUAUCAAGUGGAGGGGUCUAGGCUGAAGCGCUACGUGCUCGGUGUGAGGGAGGCCGAGCUGAGAGAGGGUCCUGAGCAGGUUCACCACUGGGUGCAGAAUGUGCUGUCUGAGUUUGUGAUGUCAGACAUCCGUACCGUGUACGUCUCCGAGCCCAGAGUGUGGGCAGCGGGAUUCGCAGGAUCUCCUCUCAGCGGCGGCCGAGGCAGGAUAUGCCUGCGAUGUGCAGGCUGUUCCCUCGGCGCUGUCGUCCAGGCCGUUCUCGGGAAGCGCAGCCUCCAAGCUCGAGGUCUUCACGAGUUAGCCGAGCUUCUCUCAACAUGCAGAGAUAUCGCCUCCUCCUCCACGCUGGCCCUUCGUGAGGAACAGUACACCAACACAUCCACAAGCACAACAGAGGAAGGUACACAGAGCAGCCCAGCACAAUGCCCCACCCCACCAUGCUGGGAUCGCACGGCUGAAGCACUUUUGCAGGUUCAUGCCCACUUUGAGCACAUUUGUGAAGCAUAUGGCCGCAGCAAGGCCACGGCUCCACUCCUCCAAGGUCUCAACAAGCAUCUGCUCGGUACGCUGGCCUGUCUGCUGGCUCCUCUGCGACUGGCAGCUCUUGAGCUGAGCAGCCAGAGGAGGCCCACCUUACAGCAGGUGCUGCCUGUCUACCUCCGCCUGGAGAAGUUUUUCACAGCCAAGGCCGGGGAGGCUGGAACUGGCACGGCUAGCAAACUCUGCCACUACUUCCUAGAAGCACUCAAGGAAAAUUUCAAGGUACUGUGCUGAUAUUAUUAGCUGUGCGUUUCUGCUUCGGGUGACACUGCAUGAAAAACAGGAAUGACUGAAUGAGAAAGCACAUCUGACCUGUCAUGUAAAGGGAUAUUCUGGCGUAAAAUUAAUUUAGGGUCAAUCAUCUCUUCAAAGAAAUGCAAUCAGACUGUGACGCGAAGGCAGAAGAACUAUUGCGUCUGCAGUGUAAAACGAUUAAUAUGGUGAUUAUUACUUCAAGGAAAUGAUAAAGAAAUGAUCAUAAAUGUUCUUCCAUGAGCUGCGUCACCCCGCUGUAGUCCGUAAUGGACUGGCCGAGGUCUCGCUACAGACAAGCGGCUGCUGGAAGAGAGUAGGUGAGUUGUGUAUAGUCUCUUUGCUAAAGAAAUCAGGCAAAGUUAAAAAGAUGUUUGGUGGCUAGUGCUAUGGCUGGGACCCUAUAUGUUCUGUUGAUGAAGUUAGGUGCUGUUCUGAGCAUCAUUUGUGGGUAUAGAGUGGCGUUUUGGUUGAGGUGUGCGUGUGGAUCCAUAGACCGCUGUGUAUUGCUACCGUGCGGUCAUUACUAAAGUUGGUAUAACUAGAGAAGCAAGUGGUCAGCAAUAUUCAUCUCUUGAGGGGGUGUCUAACUCGGUGUUAUGGUGUGUUUCACCCUAAAUUAAUUUUACGCCGGAAUAUCCCUUUAAUGCUUUCAUUUAGUACCUGGUGUCAUAGUUCAGUCCUCAAGCUAAAUGAAGACAGCCAUGAUAUUAAUUAAUGUAAUCGUAAACGUUUUUUCUAUUUCCAGGUUGAACGAGCCCACCAGGUAGCCAUGGUCCUGGACCCACAACUCAAGCUCCGUUCAGUGCCAGCCUACCAGCACGAAGACAUCAUUUCACGCGCUUGUGAAAUGGCUGCUGAAAACAGAGAUGGAGGUCUGUCCGGUGGUGGAGGUUCAGGUGGCGAAGACCGAGACACUGAUGGCCCACCAACCCCCAAAAUAAGCCGCAUAGAGGGAGGGGGAAAUAACGGCAGCACCUCGAGGGGAGGCUCUUCAUCUUGCACCAUGUCUGGUAACGGCGAUAGUCCCAACCAAGUCAGACAAGAGAUUUUUCAAUACCUGGCUGAACCUCUUCUCCAAGGCACACCUGACCUCUUGCAGUACUGGAGCUCAGCGGUUGGGGAGAAGUUCCCCAAGUUGGCUCGCCUGGCUCUGUGGCUGCUCGCCGUGCCUGCUGUGGGCAUCCGCAGCGAGUGUGUGACCGUGUGUGAGCAGAGCCUGGUGAUGAAGAGGAGGCAGCAGGUAACCGCAGAGGAGAUGAACAAACUUAUUUUCCUGCGCUCCAACAUGGGCUAGAAAAACCAACCCUAACCAACCAAACCUUCACCUCCAACCAAUGACUGAAGACUAUUAUUUAUAUACUGUAGGUUUAGACUUACUGUAAACUUAAAUGUGUUUGGAAACUAAUAUACUUCUCGAGACAAAUACUUACAGGAAACUCACAUUGUACAGGCCUCAAUCACCCAUGAAACAACACGGCUUAUUCCAUAUUUUCGUACGGAGAAAGGACUGUUGUCAAGUAAUGUGGAAAAAAGUAAGGGUGGAACGGUUGAUCUCAGCGUGUCCUGUUUUGUAUGCCUCCCACAGCUUGGGAUGCACACAUAAGCAGGAUCAGUUUCAGUCAUAUCACGGCCAGUAGUUUGAAUUACUCCAGCCUAAAGGCUACAACGCUGUUAUUCUCUCUGGAUGGCAACAUAUUCAGGUAAAGUUAGCUUUCACUGCUUGAAACUACUGUCAUAAGCCUCUGGAAACAAUCCUGCCAGACUAUAUUAAGAGAUUUAUAGCAUUUAGUGACUGUUGGAGACAGUAAGCUGGGUAAAAAAUGUUUUAGUUGGUGUAUGACAAAAAAUUCAAGUGGUGAAUCCUCACUGCCAAUGCACCUCUGACAAUGAACUAAACCAGGUUUAUGAUUUUAAUAUCAUGCAUCACCACAACAUAUUUCAACAUUUUCAGCCACAAGAAAAAUCAUCACAUCCAAGUCGAUGCUUGCUUCAGUGGCCUAAAUAUGUAGCUGUGCAUCAUUUGCAUGCGCUGCUCGGCAUGCAUUUUUCAUCCAAAGCAGCUGAUAAAAUAUUAAUGGUCAUAUGAUGUUUCCCUUUUUGUUUAUGUUACAAAUAGGGGGGAAAAAAACUUGUCUUUCUGAACCAAACUUAAAAGGGUCUUUAGCUGCUAGUUAUGCAAAUCAGAAAUCAGCUAGAUUUGCAAGGAACUGCCAGUGUCAUGCAGUUUGAUAAGACAAAAAAUCCAGCUUCGGUUUUUUGUUUUACUUUUUUCUGUUUUUUAAUAGGAAUGCACCAAUCAAGACAAUCAGGGUUGAUAUAAAUAUUGAUGUCAAGAUAAGAAACUCCGAUAGCUGCUUCUAAUAAUGUUUUUUUUUCUUAUUUAUCGAAGUUUUUCUUAUUUCUUACUAGUGAUUCCCACAUCUGGGCCACAUGCUCAACUUAACCUCAAUCACGAAAAACACUAGUAAACUUAGUAAUGGGGCCUUAGUAAUCCAGGCCUUUUAAUAUCUUUGAGUGGGAGUUUUUAAAGUGAUGUGCUCUUAAGAAGACUGGUGAUGGUGUUAUUUUCCAUCACGACGGCAGCAGGAAGGUGCAGUUGCUAAACUAUAGUGUGCUGUGGUCAAAAUAGCACAUGAUUAAAAAAAAAAAAAACUUUGAAUUUUGGCCUCAAUCUCUCCAGAAUAAACAUAUUAAUGCUGGAACUAUUUUAAAUCACAGAUAUGAAUAUGUAGAUAUGACAUGCCCCUUUGAGCUGCGUGCCUACAGCGAGGCUUAGCUACCGGGGGCAUCGUUUCCAUUAAAAGCAAUUCAUGUUCAUUAAAAAUGAACCAAAACUUACUCAUUUCUCAACCGAUACAGAACAUUUGGUUUAAAAACUUUGAAAAACAAAUGUUUAAUAAAAUGUUCUGUAUUAACAACAUACAUUUUGGUGUUGAAAAUAAAGUAAACCGGGUGAAAAUUGAUUAUAAAAUAAAUCAUAACUUGCUCAAUGUACAUUAAAUGUCCUUUUAAUAGGAACGAUGCCCACACCAAUAUGGCCGCCAUGUUGGCACGUGGCUUAGCGGGCUGCUACUGUGUGAAUCUAGUCUCCUAUAUAUUUAAAUAUGUCUGUGGUUUCGGUGCUCAAAACACGGGGGAAAGCAUUUCCACACAGCAACAAAACAAAAUCAGGUAAUAUAAAUAAAUUAAAGUAUAUUUGUGAGUUAUUACAACCCAGAAACAAUCAUAUGUCAUGACUGAUUAUUUAUGCUAUUUUGAGUAGUUUACUAAAUCAUUUCCAGCAAACAGAUAGCUAAGCAGUAGUAAUUGUGAAGUGGAGAACAAAUUAAAAGUCAUACUUAAUAUCGGCAGUCAGUGAAUGCAAAGGUAUUUUACCCGUAGGUGGAAAUUGACAACAGGGUAAGCAUUAACUUCUUCCAUUACUGUAUUUGUGCAUCUCUAUUGUUCACAUUUACAAAAAGGGCAACAUUAUACUGCAGUCAGCUCUGAGGAUUUCAUUUACUGUCACUGACUUCAGCUAAAACAGGACAAAAUAUUUCAUUGAUGAAACACUUCUUACACCUCGAGGCCAUACUGUCUGGUCUGAUGUUGAUUCAGGAAUAUCACAAUGUCACAUGCAGUCAAAUUUAGGUUGCAUCAAUACUCUGUUUAAAUACUGAAUCAUUUUUCCUUUACUUUCUCCAAAGUAAAGCAGCAGUAAUAUUAUUAUUAUUAGCCAUCAGUUUGUUAAGCUUGUAGGCAAGGAUUUAUUUCAUAAUUAUUUCAUAAUUACAUAAAUCCUUGUGUGCUUUCCCACUGUGCUUGCGCUUGUGUUUUUGUUUUUAAUGUUUCAAAGCUUAAUUACAGAAGACUUAUUCAAGGGAAAGUUAUUAUUUUAUUUAUUCUUCUCUCCUCACUUUUCAUUUUACUACAUACAUUGUCUUCCUCAUGUAAGCUUCAAAUGUCCAUUUUAUAGGCAAUAAGCUUUAUCCUAGGGCAUAUUUUCCAACUUAAUCUACAACAAAUGACUGUUCACAACACUCCUACAGGUCAUUAUUAAAGGUUAACUUUUUUUUUCUUUCUGUUUGUGAAAUGAACGGGAUUUUCUCAGGAAUGAGUGCACCCUAGCCGGCACCCACAACUCUUUUUCCUCACUGUACUGAAAAACACACCAAACUGUGACCUCAAAGCCGAGGUAUGAACUGAAUCGUGACUUUUUGUGAGACGUUCCACCCUGAACUCAGUUAGUGCCAUUCGCAACAAACGAGAAAUCAAAACAAACACAUCACUGAGGGAUUAUUGUUUUAUCAGGAUGAAGCAAAUUCUGCCAGUACAUUCACUAAAGUCAACACAUGCAUACGAAUGAAGUUACGUGGAGUUAUUUAUUUUUUUAUGGAUUGUAGUAUACAUUUACAUGAGAUGAUACCUCCUCAAAUGACUUGGAUGAAUGGAAAUUAUACUGUAAAUGAGUUUGUUGCCUUUGGUACUAAUCAGUUAAGUACUAGUUUGUCAUCUCUGUUUUUGGGCCUUAAGUCUCUUAGGUCUUGUGAUCACCUUAGAUCCUUCAGUCAGAGCCGACCUCAUGCCUUUUUAUUAUUAUUAUUAAUGGCCUUCUUUCUCCAUCUUUUCUGAAGCUUGUAUUUAUUUUGUUCUUUUUCACUCCAGUAGACACAAAGGGACUUAGGAUUGAUGGUGGGAAACAGUGUCCUCUGGUGGUCAAAUGUAGUCACGGACACCUGUGGUAUAUGACUAAUGCAUUACUCUGAAGUUCCUAACCUUUGGAAAGACUGAAUUAAUUUAACAUGUAUGCUGUUUUUUUUUUUCUUUUUUCUUUUUUUUUUUUUGACUCAUCUGCUGGUUGAAAAAAACAGGUCAGGAAAUACUGCAACAACGAAAUAACUCAAGCACAAGCACCCAUGGUUUUUAAAAAAGUUGUAUUCAAGUGUUUUAUCCUUUAAUAAUGUCUGAUUAUACUCUCCCGGUUUUGGAAAUCUACUAUCCAAUGUUGUUUGAUAUGUUUCUUAGAUCAAGUACAACUUAGUAUACAGUUGUGUUACACCUCUGCCUCAAUCUCUCGUUCAUUAUAGGUCUCAACCUGUAUGACAAACAAUUUCAGGCAUCCAUAGCUACAGUUAAUCAACACAUUUGUUUCUUAUUUAUGUAGCAGGAAACCGCAUCUAAAACAAGGAGGGGUAUAUCAAGAAGCAAGUUCAGAAGAAAAUCUGCAUCUGUGGGGCCUUGAGAGUUUUCAGUGUCACAAAGAUAUCUCUAUUUUGACCAGGCUAGGGCACCUUUACUGUAAAAUUUUAACUUGGACUGGGUUAAAUUCAGACAUUCUGCUUAAAAUUAGCCUUCAAGUGACGUCUGUUCACUAUUUGAUAGCUGCUGAUGUCCUCCAAGGAUUUAAUAUGGAAAAAAAAACAUUUGGAUCCAAAUCCACUUUGCUUUUAUCAGGUCAAGUAAUGAAACUAUUUUCAUGCAGUGUUGGAAAUAUUAGCAGUUCUUGACUAUAACUACGUAGAAGUUAAGUAUUAGAAUUAACAGGAGGUAUUGGGGGCAUAUUGGAUGGUAAAAUUGGUAAACCAAAGUUCAAAUGAACACAGUUACUGAUUUUUGCUUAUGUAUUAUUUAGCCCCAAAAUCUUGUCAAAGUUCAUCAUCAGCUCUUUAAGUAAGUUGCUGCAACAUCUCUAAAUGGAGCUGAAUAUCUUAUAUACAGAAAUCCUGGGUUUGUUUGUUCUUGCUUCAUAGUAUACCCCCCAACCCCCACCCCCAGAUCUGGAAAGUAUUCAAAACAAAACAUUGAUCCAAGCUCUUGGAAACUUAACAAAGAAAGAGUUUGAGUUUGUCCCGUCCCGAUAAGCUUUGGUGGCCAGUAGGAAGUUAAAUGAGCAACAGGGACAGUUUGCUGUUAAGGACGCAGGAAGUAGCAAGUCAGUACACUGCAUGUGUGACAUUCAAGGGCAUCUGAGGGAAAAAUAACAUUAAAUGUUCAGUAUAGUGCGAAUCUCCAAAGCCCAUCUUCGGUCUUACUGUGGACUUGGUCAACUUUUAAAAGGUCUAAACGCUUCAUAUUUUUGUACCUCCAUUAAGAGUUUUUGUUAGUGUUCAUAAAUGCUUGCCUUCCCUGAGUGAGUAACUCAACACCACGCUGAGAAGAGUAACUAUGACACCCCUUUAGUUUCACCUCUGCUCUCAGAUACGUGCCCCGUUACGCCCCAGCGGUGAUGUCACAGUGUCUCCCUGCAGCCAGGUGAGAAGUUCAACCACUUGAGGUCAGCAGAGUCACUUCUCCGGAGGGUGUUGAGAGACUCUAUUAGGGAUAAGUAAUCAUUUAUGAUCUUUGAUUCUGUUCCAAGGUUCUGAAAGGAAACAUAAUUCAGGUUUUAGAGCGUCUGUAAUUUUUCUUUAUGGCGAGGGAAGAUCGACUUAAGAAAGACGUUUCAUUUCAUGUGUGUUUUUUUUUUUUCUUUUUUUUUUGCAUACCUGAAUCAAUCUGUCUACUGCUGUUUCAAACUGAUUUAUGUCACACAUUUAUAUUUUGGUACAAAACUGAAAAAUUGCUGUAAAUGAUAUUUUAAAUUUGAUUUAUUUUAGAGAACCAAUCCAAUGUUUUACCUCAGUACUCAGAAGGUAAUAUUGUUAUUUAAAGAUUGGAAAUCAGCUGUUGAUACAAAUUUAAGCUUUAGUCAAAGAUAGAGUCACAAUACUGUACAUCGGUUUGGAGUUUAAGCAGUGAUGCUCAAUUGAACUGAUGAAGGGAUUUUUUCUUACAGUUUUUAAAUAAGUAUUUUAAAUAGAAUAUACUCUGGGACAAAAACGCCAUUGUUGACACAACGAUGUCAACUCAAUUUUACUCAGAAAUAGCGUUUUUUCUUUUCUGGAUUUAAUGAGAUUAUAUCUAAGAUAUGCAUGCUUUUAAUAAGAUUUAUGAUAUAUGAAGUUAGAGUCAACAUGAUUCACUUGCAUCUGGUGAGAAACACUGGUUUAUGAGUUACCUUCAAAAACACUCUUUUAUCAGGAGUCAGAUAAACAACCCGGGGCUGGGUUUGAACCUCUCGAGGUGGGAGUAGCGAUGAUGCUGAUCAUGGCGUUGGUGUUUCUGGGUUGACAUCAUCCAUUUUCAGAGGAUGUUUUCUGUAAAUACAGGAGAACUGCUGUUUUUAUGCCACAAGGGGGAGCCUUCAUUUCAGAGAUACAGUAGGGAACACCAAUAACAUUAUACCUCUCUUUUCUACAGUAGCAUUUCAAAAAGGUUUUGAUAUAAUAGAAAACUCAACUUAGAUACUGUUAUAACUCAGCUGUAAGUUUUAUUUUGUUUCAGGACUUUAACUUAUUCAGAUAAUAAUUGUAAAAUAUGGUAUAAGAAUGCUAACAUGGAGAUCUGUUCUGUUUUAACUAUGGAUUAUAGUCUGUAUUAUCAAUUCAGGUUAAGAAACUAGUGUUGCUUUCAUCCUACUUUACAGGCAUUACUUCCUUUUUAUACUCUGCUAAAAAUGCAAAAAAUGUGUUUGAUUCUCUUCUUUGUUUUUCGUCUUUUUUUAUCGCACUUUGGCAGCAGAUUCCUGUGUAGCUUCAGAUCUGAGUUGUCUUAUUAGUAAGCCUAAUUUAUACUUUUGUAGCAACACUAUUUUUAUAUAACAGCAAAGAAAGGGUUCAGUGUCUGUUUCUUUCUUCUUCUUCUUCUUUUUUUUUUUGUUCCUGUGUCAUAAGUGGCAGCGCUGUUCAAUGUUUCUUGAAUACAUUACCCACUGUAGUAUGUGAUGUGUGAAUAAACUCCAAAUCUGUGUCAAAAUGGGAUGUGUAUUUGCAGAAAGUGGAAGGAUUGCAUGAUGUUUGUGGAAAAAGGGAAGCUCUGGGAAGUAUUUAGGAGAAAAGAGUCAAGUUUUAGACUCCCUUUUCCUGCAUUUUAGAUAAAAACAGGCAGUGGGAGGAGUAAACUGUAAAGAAAGUCUCCCUCCAUAUGCAUCCAUUUUUGAAAUCAAGAGAAAACUAUGUUGGAAGAAAAAGUAUUAUCUUGUAAAUUAAAUCUUUGUGCUUACUUCUUAGUCUGAAUGAAGAGCCGAGCUUUCCACAGCGGCUGUGAGCAGAGAGAUGGAGGGCCUCAAACACAUGUAGAGCGGGAAGAGGCCCUUUAUGAGGGCAGAGCGAUUGAAGACCCACACAUGGGGAGUGAAUAUACAGAGGCUGCUUAGAGGUGCGUGCGAGGGUUCCCCAGGGAGCUACCGAUAGGGCAAAGGAGUGAGUUAGGGAGGGCAAGAGAGGGAGCAAGUGUUCAUCACAGCCUGCUGUCUUUUUUCCCUCCAUUCGCACCCGGGUCAGUCACCCCCCAAAGGUGCAGCGGUCUGCAGCCAGGCAGAAAACCCCUUUUCCCCACGCUCUGUUCUUUUCUCUUCCUUCUAACACAAGGGGCUGCCUACCUAACCUAAUUUGCAGCACAUGCAUCCAAGUUUGCCUGCCCCACCAACCCCCUCACACACACACACCACGCAUACAUACACAGUUUAACCCCCCUUUCCUCCACACCCCACUCCUGAAGGUGACGUUUUUCCACAAGCUAUUACCACAGUGACGUGCUAAGUUUGUUUUGCUUACGGCAACAAGUGUGUGCGAGCUGUGGCCUCAAUUUUCAGUCAUUUAGAAACGCAAAGUUUGGGGAAAACAACCCCUCCCAUCGGACAACUGCUUCCGCUUCAUUCUGGAUUUGGGGGAAAGUUGCAGGUCAGCUCUUUUUCAAGGAAAGUUAGGAGGAGUGUGGUGGGCUGUUCUGUAAUUAAGACACAUUCAAGCAAUGCAUGCAAACAGAAAUAACACAUCUUUAGUUUGAUACUUUCAUUUUGUUUUUGGCUAAAUUAGAAAUACGCAUGAGACUGAGGCGACAAAGGGGUUCCCUGUCUGUACUGGCGUGUGAACACUAGGUGGCAGUAUCAGGCUUUUUAUCAGCUUCAAAGUGCCCACUAUAAAGGCAUUACAAAGAUGAUAAAGGUUAAUCUUGUAUUCAAACACUAACAUACCUGAAAUAAUGUACAUAUUCAGGAGAAAAGUCUUAUUAAUGUCAUUUUGAAUUGAAUCAUCUUUGAUUUGACACUUUGAAUACAGGAAACACAGCCAUGCUGUCACGCUCCAGGUAAUCCAGGUUUGGGUGUUUCAGGAAAGGGGAUAUGUUAGGACAAGCGAGGACUUGUCAGGACAAGCAGGAGCCAGUCCAGUUAAAAGAAGCUGCUUUGGCUUAAUAUUUAUGGUGAUGUGGUUUUAUCAACAGCAUGAUGGAGGAUCAGUUCCAGCUUCUGAUCUGUAGAGAAAUCCAGAGCUGUCAAAGAAACCCUCUGCUGUGUUUAGCUCUUUCAUAUAAGCAAUUAAAAAGAUUCCACCUCUGUGAGUUGUUUUGCUCUCCCCAGUGAGACACAUGUACCCAUCAAGCUACAUUCACAGAAACAGAGAAAGUUCUGUACACUUCCGUUUGCCCUUGGCGGUUACACAACCAGAAGAGAGGCAUCCAGGUUUCGUUUUCCAGCCCAAAUCAGGCACUGCCGUGCAGCUUUGCUCCCACCUCUGGCAUUGACAAGGUUGGCACCUUCACCCCUGCCCAACCGACGCCCAUCACAGCUGUCCCGACUUGUCUGCUCAGUGAGCAUCGGAGGGACAGAGAAGGACAGGCAGGAAGGAAGUGUUCUCCACCUCCUCUCCUUGUCCUGUAUGGAGGACCCCACGGCACCGGCACUGUAGUUUCUCCUGCUCAGCAGGUGCUGACUUUUAUCAGUAGUGACAUGAAUGUACAGAACUGCCAGGGCGCAUCCACCCAGUUGCUGUCAGGUGUCGUUCCUGCUAACACUCCACCUAGCCCCUGACCUCACAGGCACCCGGUGCGCCUGUCUGUUUGCCUGCCUGCUCUCUUCCUCUGCACACCUGCGCAGGCACACGUAUAUACAGAUGCACGCACACAGCACUCUGACUCAGAUUCAAGUCUUUUCCCACAGUGAGUUUAAAAGAUUGAGUGUUUUUGGCUUUCCAUGAACCUCUCAGAGCUGUUGGGUUUUGCCCAAAGGCAAAUAUGAUGCAACACUGAGAAGCUGUGACACCUUUGUUCCCUUUUGAAACAUUGAUAAAUUCAUCAUCGUUUUCAGUCAUAAUCAAGUUAUAUCUGAAUAGUUCGCUGUGAAGUUUCAUUAGUGGGAAACGCUGUGUCAUAUUUGUUUUUAAUGUGGUGAAAAAUGCAGAUACAAACACUGGCAUUAGUACCGUCUGUCUUACUAUCUCCAGAAACUCUUACACGCGUCUUCCUCACAACUCCUAACAGUUUUUUCACCCCAGAAACUCUUUCAAGCGCUAAGAUGCUUUUAUGAUAACUUAAUCUUUAUCUUGUCCAGGAUGUAAACUUAACUUUAACUUUAAAACGAAAGUUUCUGAGAAAAUUGAAACAAGGAGCAACAAUUUGGAGUAGAAAUCCCCAGUAAUAAUUCAGAUUCUGCAUCAUUUUUCAAGUUGAGCACAACUCCAACAAAAUACAGACUUCUUUUAGUGACAUGUAUGAUGAGUGUCCAGGUUAAUUUUUACUCUUCAAAUGAACAAACACACAGGUUGGGGCAACAUCCAUCCUGAAACAAAGAGCAUACAGUCUGUGAGGCUUGUGAUGAGGAAUUUCACUGCCUAUUACAGUAGGCAGAGUGGUAUUUGAAUAUUUCAUAUCGAAGCCAGAGUUAUGAGAUGACGGCGAAGUGUGAAAAUAUGGCUUGACUCUUGGCUUGUGGAUGGCAAGGGUGGUCACUGUGAAAAAGGAGGUCAAGGUUAAAUUUGCUCUGCGGAUAUAAAUAGCCCCUUCAGCGACGUCCCCCUGAUCUCACCGUUAUUAUUUAUUAAUCGUUGUCAUGAUCUGGGGAGAGUUUCCAGCCCCACCAUGCAGUUUCACUCUGCUGUAGGAAAUGACAAGAAGACGAAUGCUAAACUUAUAUUUUAGACCCCUUACAAUGAAACUCGUAUUAUGGGGUUUAGUGAAACAGGCCCCCAUUUU